UGUGUGGUGAAGUCUGAGAUAUGGCAGCCGUGGCCCUGAAGUCCUGUCGCAAAGGACUGCCUCACAUUUUGAGGGAUGGAGCAGUCGCUACUCUCUGGCUAAAGGCUUUGGGAGGGGCGAGACAGAAGUCCUCUGUACAGUAUGUGACAAGGCCAGAGCUCCCUAAGCUGGCCUACUGCAGGGUAAAGGGGAAGAGUCCAGGCGUGGUCUUCCUGCCUGGGUAUGGAUCCAACAUGAAUGGCCAGAAAGCUGAGGCACUGGAGGAGUUCUGCAGGUCUCUUGGACACUCAUACCUUAGGUUUGACUACACAGGCCAUGGGUUAUCGGAGGGGGUGUUCACUGAAGGGACCAUCGGCACCUGGAAGAAAGAUGUCCUCUUCGUGUUGGAUGAACUAACAGAGGGUCCACAGAUCAUGGUGGGGUCCAGUAUGGGCGGCUGGCUCAUGCUGUUGGCAGCUAUCGCCAGGCCGGAGAAGACUGCAGCUCUGGUGGGCAUAUCCACGGCAGCAGACCACAUCGUCACAGCCUUCAAGUCAAUGUCUUUAGAGGUGCGUAAGGAGAUUGAAGAGAAGGGCGUGCUGACUGUGCCCACCAAGCACAGCGAGGAGGGCACCUACACGUUCACUAUGGGCUUCCUGAAGGAGGCGGAGAACCAUUGUGUCCUCCAGAGCCCCAUCCCCAUCACCUGCCCCGUGAGGCUCAUCCACGGCCUGAAGGAUGACGACGUGCCCUGGCACAUCUCCAUGCAAGUGGCCGAGCGCGUCCUCAGCCCCGACGUGGACGUCAUCCUCCGCCGCCACGGUCAGCACCGCAUGGCCGAGAAGGAUGACAUCAGGCUCAUGGUCUACACCAUCGAUGACCUCAUAGACAAGCUGACCACCCUCGUUUGAUUUGGGGGGGUGUUAGGAAUGCACCCCAUUGGAGAGGCAGGAGCAACCAUAUGAUCCCACUCUCCCCUUACCCUUCCUUCCAUCCUGCCCAGUUUGUCCUCAGUAUGCUGUUACAAAGCAAGAGAGAAAGAUGAGGUUUAUCGAAAGUACAAACUGUGAUGGAACAAGGAUGUCGUCUGUCAGAAACCUCAGCCAGGUCCCUAAUGCCUGCCUUGGGGAGGGAGUGUGUCUUUUACCAGUUUACUCUGUGCAGUCUUUUUAGGUAAACCUUUUUACGGGGAAUACUGCCACUGCUAAUGCUGCCACUGUUUGUUUGACAGAUCCUGGUCCUUUUGCCAGACCCUAAUAGUUCUACAUUGCCUUUUUUACCACGUCUCAUACCCGUUGGGUCAACAAAGCCUCUGCACAGCAGAGUGGAGCGCAGGUCUCGUCUAAUUGUGCAUGCAGAUAUUAUAUGAGGCACAGAUGGAAUACACACAGACAACAAGCUCCAUCAAACUGCCUCCUAUGCAGAAGCACCGUGACAUUGUGUGGUGAUCGGUCCAAGCUGUAUUAUCACACUGUGUCGAUACCAAGAAGACUGUACACUGUCUCAAAAUAGCUGAAGAAAAGUCCAGAGGAAGGUCUUUUCUAUUUUAUUGUACAUCCACCCACAUUCCCAUGGGCCAGUCUGAACCACUGGGCUGUUGAUUAACAUGUCGUUGGUUAUUGGACUGUGUUCAAUGGGGCAGAAAGCCAGUCCUGCUGCAGCAGACACAGUAACUCUCUCUCUCUCUCUCUCUCUCUCUGGUCCCCUGCUGCUCUGACCUUUCACUCUUCGGAUGACGACACUUAAACAUGAGCACGCAUUGGGGUGUAAAUCAAAGUGCCUGAGUUAUUUAAGUACUGUACAUUGCCUUUGGAAAGUGUUCAGACCCCUUGACUUUUUCCACAUUUUGUUAUGUUACAGCCUUUUUCUAAAAUGGAUCAAAUGUUUUAUUUCCCUUAGCAAUCUACACAAAAACCAUAAUGACAAAGCAAAAACAGUUUAGACAUUUUUGCAAAUGUAUUCAAAAUCAGAAACAAAUACCUUAUUUACAUAAGUAUUCAGACCCUUUGCUAUGAGACUCGAAAUUGAGCUCAGGUGCAUCCUGUUUCCAUUGAUCAUCCUUGAGAUGUUUCUACAACUUGAUUGGAGUCUGUGGUAAAUUCAAUUGAUUGGACAUGAUUUGGAAAGGUACACACCUGUUUAUAUAACGGUCCCACAGUUGACAGAGCAUGUCAGAGCAAAAACCAAGCCAUGAGGUCGAAGGGAUUGUCAGUAGAGCUCCGAGACAGGAUUGUGUCAAGUCACAGAUCUGGGGAAGGGUACCAAAAAAUGUCUGCAGCAUUGAAGGUCCCCAAGAGGACUCCAUCAUUCUAAAAUUGAAGAAGUUUGGACCACCAAAGACUUUUCCUAGAGCUGGCUGCCCAGCCAAACUGAGCAAUCGGGGUAGAAGGGCCUUGGUCAAGGAGGUGACCAAGAUUCCGAUGUUCACUCUGACAGAGCUCUAAAGUUCCUCUGUGGAGAUGGAAGAAACUUCCAGAAGGACAACUAUCUCUGCAGCACUCUACCAAUCAGGUGGCCAGACUGGUUGAGUGGCCAGACGGAAGCUACUUCUCAGUAAAAGGCACAUGACAGCCCGCUUGGAGUUUGCCAAAAGUACCCUAAAGACUCUCAGACCAUCAUAAACAAGAUUCUCUGUUCUGAUGUAACCAAGAUUGAACUUUGGCCUGAAUGCCAAGUCUGGAAGAAAUCUGGCCUCAUCCCUACGGUGAAGCAUGGUGGUGGCAACAUCAUGCUGUGGGGAUGUUUUUCAGCGGCAGGGACCGUUAGACUAGUCAGGAUUGAGGCAAAUAUGAACAGAGCAAUGUACAGAGAUCCUUGAUGAAAACCUGCUCCAGAGCACUCAGGAUCUCAGACUGGGGUGAAGGUUCACCUUCCAACAGGACAACGACCCUAUGCACACAGCCAAGACAACUCAGGAGUGGCUUCGGGACAAGUCUCUGAAUGUCCUUGAGUGGCCCAGCCAGAGCCCGGAUGAAUCCAAUCGAACAUCUCCAGAGAGACCUGAAAAUAGCUGUGCAGCAAUUCUCUCCAUCCAACCUGACAGAGCUUGAGAGGAUCUGCAGAGAAGAAUGGGAAAAACUCCCCAAAUACAGGUGUAACAAGCUUGUAGUCAUACCCAAGAAGACUCGAUGCUGUAAUCGUGGUGCUUCAACAAAGUACUGAUAAAAGGGUCUGAAUACUUAUGUAAAUGUGAUAUUUCCUGUUUAAAAAAAAAUAUAUAUAUUUAGCAAAAUUUCUAAAACCUGUUUUUGCUUUGUCAUUAUGGGGUAUUGUUUGUCGAUUGAGCAAAAAAAUGUAAUCCAUUUUAGAAUAAGGCUGUAACGUCACAAAAUGUAGAAAAAGUCAAGGGUUCUGAAUACUUUCUGAAUGCACUCACUGUAUGUACAUUACUGGUGAGGAAUUUACUAAUAUGUAGUGCUAGACCAUGUACCCCAAUGACAAGGGCUAGAAGUGCAUACACUCAGAUACAGUGAUGGUGAGAAUACUCCUGAGUUUAUUUUAGCUUGACAGUCAAAUGGUACAGUAUUGCAAUGAUGUUAGGAUUCAAAAGUUUAAUGGACAUUCUGGAAAAUCAUCUCUAUUUCCCGUAUUUCAACACUUUCUGAAUACUUUUUCCAGCUUGUGAUGCAUGAUGUCAUUUCAGUACUGUAGCCUUCACCGCACUCAGACCCUCUCUCCAGAUCUGUCAUCCAUCAGUGCUCAUCCAUCAGUGCCCACCUGUCAUUCAUGGCAGGUGGAGCCCCACCAGUUUUGAGCCCCACCAGUUUAGCUAAAAAAUAACUUUUUUUGUUGCCUGUUUUGCAUGUUAUUUUAACAUUAUUACCUGUCACAUAUCAGUUUGCAAACAAUGUAAAACAAAAAGUUAAUAAAGCCGCAUACAAACAUG